AUGAAUUUCGGAAAGUGGGAGUCGGAACUAGCCAAGGAUAAAAACGCGGUGGAUUGUCAUGGGCACCUCCAUAUAUAUCUCAAGCUCGAAACGGCUAAAAAUAUGGAGGAAAAAUACAAAAGUAUGCAUUGCAAGUUAAAAGAUCCAUACAAUUACGAUUUGUUGGACUGUGCGGAGCUGGAAACACUACGCUUACACAGUUCCGAAAUACCGGAAAUUAAGAAGGACGUUAAAGAAAUAAAAAAGAGAUUGGAUCAAAUAGACAACAGGUUGAAUAACAUGGACAACAAAUUCAACAACAGGUUAAAUAACAUGGACAACAAAUUCAACAACAGGUUAAAUAACAUGGACAACAAAUUCAACAACAGGUUAAAUAACAUGGACAACAAAUUCAACAACAGGUUAAAUAACAUGGACAACAAAUUCAACAACAG